AUUGGGGUCCCAAUUUGUUUAGCGACUACGAAGGAGUCCUGAGCAAAAUACUUCACAGAAAACCCUACUACUCAGCGCGCAAUCAAGAUCAAUACCUCGAUCGAUCGAGAAAGAAGAAGAAGGGGAAAAAAGAAAGAAAGAAAGAGGAGAUACAAGUUGAUUCUUAUCAUAAAAUAAUAAAAUUAUGGACAACAAUUGUGUGUUGAUGUGGGAGAUCAUGGGCCCGGGCCUCGCUGGGGCCGUGUUCGGCGCCGGGUGGUGGUUCUGGGUCGACGCCGUCGUCUGCAGCUCCGUCAAGGUCUCCUUCCUCCACUACCUCCCCGGAAUCUUUGCGUCUCUAGCGGCUUUAAUGUUCAAUUGCGUGAAGAAAGAGGAUAUUGGUUAUGAUUACUACUCUCCCUAUGGCGAUUCUGAGUGGAGGAUAAAGCUAUGGCUAUUCAUUGCGUAUGUAGUAUCGUUUGUGUCUCUUGCGGGUGCAGUUGGCUUGCUGGUGCAAGAUGCACUCACUGAUAAGGGCCCCUCUACAUGGACCGGUGUUGCUGGCAUCUUUCAGUGUGUGUUCGUGUUGAUCAGCGGGCUCAUGUACUGGACCAGUCAUUCUGAAGAUUGAGUUCGCAUCGAUAUUUUGCUUGUAGAGGACGCGACUUAUAGUGAAAACAUCUUUUAUAAAAGCAUGUGUGCAUGAGAAAAAGUAGUUUAACUGCAUAUUUUAUUCUUUUCGUUUCCUCAGAUCAUUUGAUGUGUUCAAUGUAUAUGACGAUGUCGAUGUCCAGUGGAUGUAACUCUAGAUUGCACAGCUACUUUUUCUCACAUAGUUUAUGUUCAAUGCCUCUUAAAUAAUCUUGAAACAGUUCUCUGUCAUUGUGACCUUAGAGAGUUGCGACAAUUGAGUUUAUGAUUUUGUGCUACCUACAA